UUCUAGAUGAAGACCAGACUGACUUGUUCUUGAAGAAGAUAAUGAAUGUUUUGAAUUCAAGAAGCAAAGUAGGGGACAUUGAUGUAAUAAAGCAGACGUUACAAGAAGAACAAAAAGUUUGUGACAAAGUCUGUAGUUUUUGUCAUCUUUAAUUAGAUAUGCCUUGCCGCUUAUUUCAAAUUUAAUUAUCUGUGCAGGUUCCUUGAAAUGAGUUCUGUUUCUUGCCUUAUGUUCAUUUCUUGAUGCAGGCCGUUGAUUGUUUGGCCACUUUCAUCAGAAUACAAAAGUCUUCUUUCUCACCAUUCCUCGGCAACCUUUUGCCUUGCAUACAACUUAUGUGGGAAAAGGAUAAAAUAGCUAAAGAGCGAAGAACUGGCUUGCGCAUAUUUUGUGAUGUUGCGAAGCAAUUCCCAGAAGAAGCAUUCAGGCAGUACAAUAUUUGUCUUCUGUUUCUGUUUGAGGCAUGCAAGGAUGAGAACCCCGAAGUUCUAGAGGUGGCUGUGCAGGCAAUUGGGAUAUUUGCUGAGUUUGGUGGGUCUGCAUUCAAGUCUCUUCUUAAAGGGGCUUUUUAUGCUUUGAAAGCGGUUAUAGACCAUCCUAAGGCGUUGCAGAUAGAAUAUGUAAUGGCCCAUGAUGCUGCUGUUUCUGCUCUAGGAAAAUUUUUGCAGUUCCAUCGUGAAAAACUCAAUGCGGCACAGGUAUAUAUAUACUUUUUUCCUAUUCCCAGAUCAAUGGAAAAGGAGCUUUUAUGUUUUACCAAAUGCGUACACAUAAGCUUUUAUGUUUUAUGUUUUACCAAAUGCGUACACAUAAGAAAAGUGCUUUCUUGGCAAUUACAAAUUGAUGAACUCUGAAUCGCAUAGCAAGGAAAAAAAGAAGGAAGAACUUUCCUAACAUGCAAGCAAGAUCUAGUUGCACUGAAAGGCAAUAAAUGCAGCAGUUAAGCAAUAAUAUCUUUAGGUGAAAAGGAGUUUGUUUAACACUUGUGAUGCUUGCAUAAUAAGUGAAUAAGCAGAUACAAA